AUGGUCUUAUCGGAGCAAUUUUCCAGAAGUGCAAGUGAGGACCUUAUUGAACAUUUGGACCAAUUCCUUGAAUUGUGCGCAAUGAUGCAAACCAAUGAAGUGAGUCAAGACUACAUUCGUAUGCACCUUUUCCGACAAUCUCUCACCAGACGAGCAAAGAAAUGGCUAAAGCAAGUAAAGCCUAACACUCUCACAACAUGGAGGGAGGUGGUAAAGGCGUUCUUGAAGCGCUUUAUCUCCGUGGAGAAGACCGCCGUAAUGAGAAGGAAAAUUGCAUCAUUUGAGCAAGAUGCCGAUGAAAGUCUUGGUGAAGCAUGGGAGAGAUUCAAAGAGUUGGUACAAGCAUGUCCCCACCAUGAGUACAAUCAAGGGUUGCUCAUGCGGGUUUUCUACGACGGAUUGGAGCCCAUGUCAAGAGCCAAUUUGGAUGCGGGGGCGGGUGGUCAAUUAAUCAAGAUCCCUCAAAAUCAAGUGGAAGCCACAAUAGAAGAGGUAUCAAAUAAUUACUUUUCGGGGGGCCGAAGAAGAAACACUCCAAAGAGAGGUGGUAUUUACGAAUUAGAGAAAGUUGAUCAAUUACAACAUCAAAUUGAUCAACUAACAAGAGGGCUUUCCAAGUUGAACACGAGUGUGAAUGCAAGUUUGAGCCCCGAACAUGUAGCGGCAUACAACACAAGGACAGAGAAAUUUAGAGGAAGCGGCGGUGGAGUAGCUUGGAGACAACCACCACCCGAGUUUGUACCUCAACCUCAACAAUGGAACCAACAAGCUCAACCAUUCUAUAAAUCCAACCCUCAAUAUCAAAAUCCACCUCCAUAUAAACCCCAAAACCCAAGAGGAAGCUAUCCAAGGAAUAACCAAUACAACAAUCAAACCCAAGCACCUCAAAGAAAUCAUCAAGAAAAAGCACCUCAAGCAGAACUAACUCAAACUCAACUCCUCCAAGACAUGCAUGCGCAAAUGCAAUGUUUUGGGCAACAAAUGCAAGAGAUAAGAGCUCACAACAAGAUGGUUGAUUCACAACUAGCUCAAUUGGUCGAGAGAACUCCUUUCAAUUCACCAUCCACUCUACCCGGACAAUCACAACCUAACCCAUCUCACAAUCCAAAGCCCGAUACAUGCAAGGCGAUCACAUUGAGGUUGGGAACUUCCUAUAAAGGGCCAAAUGAAGGGGAUAGUGAGGAAAACAAGGGAGGAGAGGAGAGUGUGAAUGAAAACAAGGGAGGUGAGAAAGAAAAAGGAAAUAUUGGUCUCUCAUGA